ACAGGGAAAGUAGAUGAGAGGGAGAAGGAAAGAGGGAAGCUGAGGGAGUCAGGAGAAGAGAGGAGAGCAAAAGGAAAAGAGAGCAACUAAAAAAGAGGACAGCUCAGCAAAUCAGUCCAGAAGCAUUCCUCUCGCAGCUGCACUGAUCAAGACUGGGAGGGGAAGUUUAGCACUCCAAGAAAAGAAAAGAAAAACACAAGAAACUGCAUUUGUAGUUUUAUUUUCUCUGGGUGAAGAACUCCGAAGACUUCCUUUAGAAGAAAGAGAACAAGGAGAAAGAGGAAUCAGAGAGCUUCUGCAGCCUCCGGUUGUCCUGCAGGGGAAGAUGGAUUCAGACUCUGGAGAGCAGAGUGACGGAGACCUGUCUCCAGGACAGGAGAGCUUUAACUCUCGCUCCUUGGCCCUGCAGGCCCAGAAGAAGAUCCUGAGCAAGAUGGCGACCAUGGUAGUGGCCAACAUGCUGACAGAUGACACCAGCAGCGAGAUCUUGGACGAGCUCUACAAGACAAGCCGGGAGUUCAUCAAGAGCAAGAAGGAGGCCCACAAGAUCAUCAAGGACGUCAUCAAGAUUGCCCUGAAGAUCGGCAUCUUGUACCGCAACCACCAGUUCAGCCCCGACGAGCUGGACACAGUGGAGCGCUUUAAGAAAAAGAUGAACCAGGCAGCCAUGACGGCGGUGUCGUUCUACGAGGUGGAGUACACCUUUGACAGGAAUAUUCUGUCAGAGCUUCUGCUGGAGUGCAGGGACCUGCUUCACGCCCUGGUCGAGCAGCACCUGACGGCGCGCUCACAUGCACGCAUCGAUCACGUUUUCAACCAUUUUGCCCACGGAGAGUUCCUGGCGGAGCUGUACGGGGACAGAGAGGAGUACAGACUCUCCCUGAGGAAGAUCUGCAAUGGCAUCAACAAACUGUUGGAUGAAGGAACACUUUAACCGCACAGAAAUGAACUCUUUCUCCUCUUGCUCCUUCACUUGCUGAUUUCUCCUGCCUCCUUCUCUUUCCUUUUGACUUGCUCAACCCUGACUGCUUACAUCCUUUUUCCUCUUUCUGCUCUAGUCUUCCUGUUUCUUCUUCGUCCAUUACCAUGAAGUUCGCUGUAACAUCCUGCUGCUGUGGUUCAGUGAGGGAAUUUUUUUUUAUUUUCACUCAGUGGAUCAUGCCUGCACACUGGGACAGCCUGUCAUGUUGUACGUAUUAUAGCGUUCCAAGUCAUCCCCUUUGUGUGCAAACGUGUACUCUACCAACGGCCAAAAAACAUACAUUAGGUAUAGUCGGAUGUGGAAGAUAAUCAGUAGCAGGGAUCAGUCUCUCUCUUGUGUGUGUGCGUGUGUGUGAGUGUUUGUGUGUAUGUGUUUGUAUGUGAUUCGUUUGAAAUGUGUGUUUGUACAUAAGACCAACUAUGACAUGGUGUGUGUAUUACAGUAUGUAUCUGUGUCAUUCUUCUCUACAAUGGUGUAAACAUACUUGUCUUUUAUUAAAGAUUUCUUGUAAACAUUA